CAAAAAACCACAGAGACACCACUGUUUUUGGUUUUUAGAGAGGUUCUCGCACUAGAUCGCACUUUAACGCUAGAACGAAAGAGAAGGCUGUAGGUAUACGAAAUCUCAUUGAUCUGAUACACUAAACAUAUCUACAAUACUUUUCAACAGUAGUUCUAGUUCAGAAAAUUAUAGUACAUAGCUGUCGCGUCGUCCUCUACUUCUUCACUGUAUAUCGAUAUUAACAUUUGUCGUUGAUUAUACCCUCUUGCUCAUUAGAAAGAAGAAGAACUUCUACCCGCUACUUGAGAAGCACAGCCAGUAAUUACCCCGACUGGAUACAAGAACUAUUGUUUUCACUAUUGUUCAUCAUCCUAGACCUAGGUCUAAUAUUCGCUCUUUAAUAAACGUGCAUUCAUAGAUUCUCGCUGCACGACUGUGCGCUAUUUUAAGGUACGACCACAACAAGAUAUAAGAUUUUCACACUCACAAAAUAGGACUGUACGGAACUGCUAGAAAGGCGACGCCAUUGUGCUAGUGGUUAAUGUGAAGCGAUACGCUCACCUGUUUCAGCUACAAGAAGACCUGCUAACCGGACUAGUGUACUACAGUUCCAAAAGCGAUUUUGGUACUUCGACAGUCGUUGCAGCAGCGACAAACACGUGAAUCUCCGCUCUUAACAAUUUAUUGAGGGCGGGAAAAAUAUUUUAUUCAGAACUGUUACUUCUACGGAGCUUGAUUUUAGCGCAGCACUCGCUACAACUGGCGGAAAGGGGCAUAAAUUGCUUCGUUUAUUGCGGUACGAUUAAGUUUCCAGAGUUUCAUAACAUAAACUUUAGACAAAACAGAAAGGAGCGCAACUUGAUGCAGACAAGAACAGCGCAGAGACGAGCUUAUCAUUUUUUUAGUCGCUUGUAAAGAAAAAGAACACCACUUUACUUUGAGCUACAGUGCUUCAGCACUACUAAUUUUUGCGGUACUUCUAUUCUCGUGGUGUUUAUUUUCUGUGUAUUUUUGCUACCACCCUUUCUGCACCUCUUGGUGCAAGCCUCUUUUCCUGGUAGUGUAUGCAGGGAAUUCAUCACGAGCGUGACUGUACAGUAAAACGAAAAUCUGUUUUAUUUUGGCGCCGCAGGAAAACGAGCCAAACCCAAAGCCAUAUAUAUUUGCAAUGUCUACUGCAGUUCUCCGUGAUCGCGCUUUAUUUGUAGCUCUCCAUUGAAGAGGAACUCCUCCAGCUCCCACAUUUAGGGAUUUGUAACCUGUACAGUAUCAGUUGAGUUACAAGGAAAAAUAAAUCUGUUGUAUGUAGUGAGGUCACCGAACGGUUCUAACCGGGGAGUUUUUUUGACACCCAGCCAGCAAAACGACCGGCAGUUUUCAAGCGGCCGAAAGCGUUUUUUGACAUAAAAAAUUUUCAAUUAUCAAGCGGGCGGGGCUUUGAUAUCAAACAAGCCCGGUCGAAAACUAUCGAUUCGCACUUGAUAAACGACGCAGGGGAGCCGGCAAAAGGGGCGCCCUUCUGAGGAGCCCACCGCCUUAGUUUCUGGCGAUUUGGGGCGCCCAAAAAGAGGCGCGCAGAAAACGCGCCCAAAAUCAGAACAGCGGAACAGCAUGGCGCGGCCGCGAUUUCGAAGCAUUUUGGGCGGCCGCGAAAGCGGCCGCCUUUUCGCCGGUUUCAGAGCCUGGGGAGCUUUGCAAAAAGCGCCGGCGUGAAAAAUAAAAACGCAAAAGAGAAAAAGCGCGCCAGACGCGCAAAGCCAACCCGCAUGCUACGGGCCCGAUUUUUCUUCGCUUUUUGGGCGCCCCCCGUGGCGCCCGGAUCGGCCCCAUAGCAUGGGGGCUCGCUUUCGGAAAGGAAUUUUGGAAAUGUGCCAAAAUUCGCGACGUUUCUCAAGUGACCGCCAUACCGUGCGGCAUAACGUUACUCACGGCGGUAUGGCGAGCCCAGAAAAAGCAAAGCCGCGGCCAAGGCGGCUGUCGGAAAAAAAACGCCCACGACCUCACUACCCCCGCCCCGGCGGCUAUAUUUGGUAAAGAACCAGCAGCGGCUCCCGCUUCGUCGUCUAGCAUCACAGAUUUUAUUCAUAUUUCGAACGAGUUCGUACUGUCUGGCAGCUUCAACAGUGGUUGUGCCAAGAACUACAUCAGUAUGCAAGAAAAAAACUGUGUAAGUGUAACUCUGUAAUGCUAAUGCAGAACAUGCAACAGAGUUACACCUGUGAUGCCACACAGCCAUGAAGUCCUCUUUUCAUGUGUGUUUUCCCUUAUAAGGCACGCAUGACAGGUUUUCUCUAUCAUGUAGAGCAAAUUUGUGAUGCUGUCAGCGAAAGAAAGUUACACUAACACAGUUUUUUUCUUGGAUAAUCAGCUGCACUUUUUCAGUGACAAAGAAAUAUAACUUCGCGGCAACAAACUACUCAAGUUGUAGCUGUCAUCACAGGUCGGAUACAGGAUAUUUCUACCUUCGAUAUUUUUAUUUUUCUACGACAACGACGCAAAAGUUUUAGUUUACCUUUACUAGUAGACGAGAGGUGAGGACAUAAUUUGUACUACGCACACCAUCGACGAGGCUUAAGCUGCGUUUUGCCUCAAUGUGCAGUUUGAGAUUUCGAACGACAGUCUGAGCUUGUAGUACUGAAAACAAAACAUAGUAACAAUAAAUUCCAAUAAAAGCCAACACAAAAAAUACUUAAAAACUUAUCAACUGGAGCAGCGCCCUUGAAAGCAGACUGAGACUGAAGUCGCUUUUAUUUUGGUCGCUUUUCAAAGGCGCGCUUUCCUACAUAGAAAAACCGAGAAACAAAAAAAGAAAAUAAAAUUUAUACCGACUGGAAACUAAACUAGUACGGCAACGAGUAGUAGCGAAGCGAAAAAUUAUGUGCUAUCUAUCAAAGUAAAGAGAGCACAAAGACAUCUUCAAAGCGGCCUAGGAAAGAAGAUUACAACUCGGUUUGCAAUCCUCGAAAAGCGGGCAAAAGUUGUACUACUAGAGCACUAAAAAUACACGUGGUCGAUGAAAAUAUGAUAAAUCAUCGAAAGUGGUGAAUCUUUGUUGCCUUAACAAAUAUUGAACAUACAAGCAGAUCUUUAAUAUCAGAAAACACAAACAGAAACAGUUUUUAUACUUGAUACGGGGGUCCGUCUGCUCUCCAUCUACGAAGUUAAAAUGGCUAUCGAAAAGUCCUCGAGCAGCGAUUUCGAGCAGAAGCCUUCUGGAAGGCCGGCGGGACCGCGGCCCAGCACGGGUGGAGAGGACGAGGAGAACGCGGACAAGAACAACAUGGCUUCUUCUCCUGUUUCAGCCAUCGGGAAGAUGAAGAUGAAACACACAGCUGGUGUUGACGAAAAUGUUGACCAGCAGCAGCAGCUGCACAAGCACAACGACAGUACAACUCAAAACCUGUUUCACGUGCAGCAGCAGUACCAAGCACCAGAACGACCCUCCGCCAAGCUCGACGGCGAAGGGAGCAGUAGAGCCAGCUACAACCCGACAUCCUCUUUGUUCACACCGGAACAUCAUCAUCAAUUCGGGGAGAGUUGUAGAGAUGAGGGAGUGCUGGCGACACAGCACGACGAAAACGAAAUGAAGACGCAGGCAAAUCGUAGUUCUCGUGUACUAGGAGGUCGUGGUCCACUUGAAGUAGAUGCAGGUCGUGAAGUAGUAGAUCAUUGGUCAUCAAGAACAGCAGCAUCUGUUCCUGGUGGAACUACAAGUUGUAGGUACAACGACCCACCAUCCACCCACGGCCCGCCGCUCUCGUCGUCCCAAGGCAGUAGUAUUAGCAACAAGCUACUCGGGCCGGAAUUUGACCAUCUUCCGCGGCCCAGCGGGAUCCCGGUACCCAGAGACAGCCGUGGGUUGACGCACCACCAAGUGUUGGCGGGACAAGCGGCCGCGACGGGAAGGAAAGAAGAUUUUUCGGAGGAGGUGGCCGUGCCAGACGCCGGGGAGGAGGUAGAGUCAGGAAAGCGGACGGGUGAAGACCAACUUCCCAGUGCGAGUACAGGGCACAAUAUUAGAUGCGAAGAAUUCAAUUGGCUCCAGCGACCGGAGAUGGAGAUGAACGGCAACAAGAAGGCCUACAACAGCACAGGUUAUAAUUAUAUCAGCGAGGACGCGUCGCUGCACCGACAACGGUAUCCUGAGUGAAAACGUACCCACCCCAGAGUUGUCAUGCAGAUUUGCCAUGACAGGAACAUUUGCGAUGCGCAACCCCAUGACAGGCAUUUUCAAUCGUGUUUGGGAACUUGUAAUGCUGUAAACAGGAUCAGAAGGUCGAUUUGUGAUGCUGCUUUCCUUGCUAACUUGCACUACCUUACGGACUGAAACUUGCCAUCCCGUAGCUGCACAGUCUGUUUAUGUCAUGCGUGACUCACAAAACUCCUAGGCUUGUGUUGCAAAAUCCCCAUCCUGACUCUGGUGUGGGUACGUUUUUACUCAGGAUAAACGGUUCUCCGAAAUCACCGCCAGAGAAUUAGAUGCGGCCGAAGAUGAUCUUCGUAACAGUACUAGCAACUACCGGGCCUUCCCGAGUAUGAGCUCCGCGGUAUCCCAGAGAAAAAAGCAGGCGCGGCAUUACUAUCUAUUAUAUUCAUGCGAAAAAAGAGGUCUACAGAGGGUCGAAGGGAGGUGGCCGAGAGGUCAAAAAGAGGUCAACAGAGGUCAAAAAGAGGUCGACAGAGGUGGAGAGGUGGCGCGGGAGGUCGUUCGGGAGGAUGGCCGAGAGGUGGCGCGGGUAUAGCCAGCCGAACCGUUCGCCCUAAAGCCGCGCCUAUGGGGCCCGGAGGUGGCCGAGAGGGUCCCGAGAGGGUAAGCGAGAGGGGGGCAGAGGUGCCGAGAGGUUGCGCGAAUAAGGGGGAACCUCUCGCGGACCCAUUGGGCCACCUCUCGGCCACCUCUGUAGACCUCUACCGGCGAGUAUAGCCGGACUAUUAGCAACACCUCUCCGAAGAGGUGAAAAAGAGGGUCUGCGAGAGGGGUAGAAAAACCCGAAUCCGCCCGGCGCAAGGCUGAUUCUUUUCCGGCCCUUUCAUGCAGAGGGCCUGAACCUCCUCGCGCCACCCUCUCGCGCACCCUCUCGCGCCACCCUCUUGCGCCACCCUCCCGCGCUUCUGUUCGCCUCCGGUGUCCUUUGCAGCUGCUCCCUGCGCAGAGCGCCCACAGGCGCGGGAAGCGCGCAAGUGGUCCUGCGGGUUGGCGCCGCGCAAACAGGCGGCAGGACUCCAGUAAGUAUGAUGUUUCAUUGUGCAUAUUAGACCUGUGGCAUUGUGGCCCGAUCCGCAAACAGUCCUGCCCAGCCCCAGCAACAGCCUUGCGCUCCGGCGUUAGCCGGAGCAUGGCUGGUAUUUGUGAUGCGAAAAUAAAUACACAGAAAAUUCUGUCAUGGGCGGCCCCAUAGCAUCCUGUUUAUGGGAUAUGCAAUACAUAAUUUUUUGUGUAUAAAUUUAUUUUUGCAUUACAAAGGUGACCUGUCCUGCCUGCUUUUUUCUGCGUGAUACGCGGUAAUCGUGAAAUCCGCCGCGGACGAGGGAAUUACCGCACGUGCGAGCGCUGUGGAUAUAAUUACACCAACGCGAGGACGAGGACCAACAUUGAGUCCUGGGGUCAACAUCUUGCACGAGGAUCAUCAGAAUUAUGUGCAAAAACAAGAAUACGAAUACCUCUCCUCUAGCACGGAAGCUGCAGAUGGAACAGCAGCAGGAGAUGAACUACUCCAACAGCCUUCGUCUCCAGAAGAUGACAAGCAUCAGGCGCGAAGCCCGUCGGAAAAAUUGCAGGCGUCGACCGGCGGGGGGAACGGACUUGGGGACGAAGAGGUUUUGCGAUACAGUCGGGUCGGGGACGAGCAGGAGUCCGCGCGGGCAGAUGAUGACCAGGGGGGCCGCAACUACAACAUGCACGGAGCAGGAAAAAGGAAUAAUGCUGCAAGCACUACAACAUCUUCCCCGCUACGACAAGAUAUAAACGGCAAGAAGCUCCUGCUUCUUGCAGCUCCUGCGACGACGACGACCGACAUGAUGAAGAUGAUUUCCCCGAACAAGAAUAAUAUCGGCAUGAAGGAGCAAAAUUUCAAUUUUCACACAGAUCAUGGUCCGCUACUUCACAACGAGGUGGACAAAAAUACGAAAAUAACCGCAGAGAGCAAAACCUUCAGCCAAUUGACGAUCCCGGAAGCGAUGUGCAAUUUUCAAGCGAUAUCCUGAGCAAAAACGGGGCCCACGCCCCAUAGUCAAGAUGGGAAGUCUGCUAGACAAAUCCGCCAGCUUUGGUUGUUACGCAUGACAAGUGUGGCCUCGUAGUGUCGUCCUGUUUAGCUUGCUCAGCAGCGUCCCAGAUCUAGCCCAUGAUGCUGAUUGGAGCAUUACAAAUUUCAAAACACGACUGGACAAUGCGCGUCACGGGGCUCCGCAUGAGAAAAACGUUUUGAGCAUGCAGAUUUGCAUGACAGCUAUGGGCGGGUGGGGGCGUUUUUGCAUAGGAUAAGCGAGACGUGACAGCAGCAGCAGCGGAGAUUCCGAUCUGAACAACGUUCCAACCCUAUUGCAAUGAAAAAUGGCCCCACCCCCAGCUUGGCAGCAUUUGUAUUGCAAACGUUUCCAACAGAAACAUUCCCCGUCUUGCAUAUCUCAGCAUCACAAAUUUUCCAUGCUGAAUAGGUCAAAUUUGUGUUGCGAAGCUGCCCAACAGCAGCCGGAUCUGUUAUGCACAAGGCACCUUGCGCAUCCAGAUUCUGCAUCAGAAACGCUCGCAAUCCUUUUAUGCAAGACAAAAAGCUUUCAUUUGGAAACUUUGCAUGGCAAACUUCUGCAAAUUCCGGGGUGGGGGCGUUUUUCAUCGUAAUAAACCCCCGGGUCGGGGUUUCACGACGGGGAUAGCAGUGCGCCGGCGAUCUGCAGCUCCGGGAGGGAAUCUUUACUAGCGGGGGGAACAGAAAUGUUGAACAACUACGAGAAAAAUGAUCAUCUUCGGCCUGGAGGCGGCGGCCAACAGAACAAUAACUACUACGCGGCCUACGAGGACUACUAGGGAUGUGUCAGGAUUAGAAUCGACAAAGUUGAAAUAACUUGUAAUGCAUAAAAUGGAUGAAAGUUGUAUUAACCCAGUUCUUUCCAAGUGGCGCAUCGCAAAUUUGGGCAGAACCGAAAUCCAGUCUGUCGUGCUGUUUGGGUAAGGCAGACGCCAUCUGUCAUGCUACUUUAGCAGCUCAGUUUCUACCCCUUAACAGGCUUGCAAUCUGCCUCACUUGCCUACUCUGCAAGACAGGCACUUUGUGGGCUGCAUUUUAUGCAUGACAAACUGUUUCAACUUUGACGAUUUCAAUCCUGACACUCCCAUAACUGCCGAUCUUCCUCGCGCGCGACGGAGUACGGUGGACGGGAAACGCAGAUGUUGACGGACGCAGAGCAGGAUGUAUGCAUUGCAAAUAUGUGGUCUGGGUCUGGAAGGAUGCAACUUGUAUGUAGUGAGGUCACGAACGUUCUACCCUAGCGGUUUUUUUGCCACCUCUUAUGCAAAACGACCGGCAGUUUUUAAGUGGCCGGAGGUGUUUUUGAGCAUAAAAGAUUUCCAUUUAUCAAGCGGCCGGGGCUUUGUUGUCAAACAAGCCCGGUCGAAAACUAUCGAUUCGCACUGGAUAAAGCGACGCAGGGGAGCCGGCAAAAGGGGCGCCCUUCUGAGACGGUCACCGCCUUAGUUUCUGGCGGUUUCGGGCGCCCAAAAAGGGGCGCCCAAAAAGCAGCAGUCCGAAAAAAACAGCGAAUCCGCAUGGUAUGGGCCUCAUUUUGGUCCACAUUCGGGCCCCGCAAAAGACGCCGCCAAGAUCUGCCAUUUCAGAGGCGGACUGAAGGCCAGAAGAUGCGACUUUUCAACAAAAAAAACACAAAAAACCAAAGUCCGCCGAAAGGAAAAAGCCAAUCCGCAUGCUAUGGGCCCGAUUUGGGGCUCCCAAGGGGCCGACCCUUGCGGGGGCCCUUGCGGGGCCAUAGCAUGCGGGGAAGCUUUUUCGAUUCGAAACCAAGUGGCGGCCUGUUCUGGGCCGACAUUUUUCGCGACCGCCGACCGCCGUGCCGUCUGGGCCGACACAUUCCCGUCGUAAUUACUCGCGAUGGCAUGGCUGGCAGAGAAGUCGUGUCAUUUUUUGGCGUGAAGACAAAAAAAACGCCAUGACCUCACUACCCCCGCGGACGCGGCUAUUAUUGGUCAUGCUGUCUCUGGAUUCCAAAAAAAUCUGUGUUGCAUGACCAGCAACAAUCAAGAAGAGUCCAGUCUGUGCUACCUGGAGAGGGCAUUUCUCAUGCGGAAUUGGCAUCAGGAAGCCCUUCAAAAAUCUGGGACGCUAAGUCAUGCAUCACAGGCGUCACGGGUGGUCAUGCAACAUGUGCAUUACAAACCUGGCAAUCUUCCAGACCCAGACAUAUUUGCAUUGGAUAGGAUGUAGUUGCUCCUGGCCCGGUCGGAAAUAAAUCAACAAGUCCGCCAGGAAUAUUACAACAGCCCGAUUUAUUAGUCGGAACAACUAACUCGACCAUGACGGCAGCAGAAUUACCAACAGCAGGAAACAACAAGAAAGUGCAGUUCACCGAAAAUAAAAGCAGUAGUCUUGGAGCAGCGGGACGGGCAGGUACAGCUUUGCAGCGCACUGCCAGCACGACAAAUGAUAGUACCUCCACUAUCAAAAAGAAAAAUCCCCACUCCCCAUAUCAAAACGGAAAUCUGUGAUGCGGGAUUUGUGUACACAAAUCCAAUCUGUCUAGCAGUAGAGGACUGCAGGCAGAUGCAGUGCCUGAGUAGGGGCGUUUUGCUGUAGGCGCCUAGCAAGGCAGGCAUAUCCUCUGUAGGCGAUACAGCAUUACAAAGUGCCUGCAAAACGCCGCUGAUUCCCUGGGUUUGCCCUCUUGCAAUACCGAGACGAUCUGUAGUCACAAAUCAGCAUCACAAAUUUUCAGUAGUGCCCCUUUUUGGUAUGGGGAGGGGGGAUUUUUCCUCACAAUAUCCACACGGCCCGUCUUUCUCCAGUCCAGCACAAGUGAGCUGCAGACGAAUCAGUAUCAAAUGCAAAAAUGUCUGGGUCUGGAAGAAUGCAACUUGUAAUGCGUAUUUCAGAACACAGAAAAGUCUCUCAUGCAUACAUAGCAAAAGGUGCCCACUUUCUGUCAGCAAAAUAGGGGACUUGUCAUGCGGAUUCGGCAUUGCGGAAGCUUCUCGAAACCUGUGAUGCUAGAGCUUCCAUGCCGAACCUUCUGUGUCAUGCAAAAACAGCAUGACUUUGACUCUUCGAGACCCAGACAUUUUUACAUUUGAUAAUCAGCCUAGUGGUGCAACAACCUCCUCCAUUCAGGACAAUCACUACGGGGGUGUCAAGCUGCAGCAAGCGAAUAUUAAACCUAGUUCAACGACAUCUAGCAGCAGCAGCAGCAGCAGUAGGGGGCCACCUACAACGUCUAGUACAACUCGCGGCGCAAAAAGGACCUCCUCCUCCGCCAACAGAAAUAGCUCCACGGCUUCCAGCACUAAGAAAAAAUCCUGCACCGGUCCCAUCAAUUUUGACCGCGGGGAGCAGUUGAACCAACAAUUCGAGCAAAUCAAAUCCGUAUCCCAUGUAAAAACGUCUCCACCCCAGAUUCAGGAUGGGAAACCUGCUACACAAAUCAACAAGCUGUGGUUGUUGAGCAUGACAAGUUUGGAUUCAUAAUGUAGUCGCGUUUAUUCGCUAGCGCAGUAGCAUUACAGAUCUAGCAUCUCAUGCUGAUUCGAGCAUCACAAAUUUCCAAACUGCGCCAGAAAAUGCUUCUCAUGGCAGGACUCCGCAUAAGAAACACUCCACGCAUGCAGCUUUGCAUGACAACUCUGUGGCGGUGGGGACGUUUUUGUUUAGGAUAAUCCGGGGUGCAGAUCCACCUGGUGCAGGAACUGACGGACGACGCGAACUUUCUAUGCAUUGCAAGUAUGUCUAGGUCUGGAAAGUUACAGCUUGUGAUGCUGUUUUUGGAUUGUAAAAAAACCUGUAUUGCAUGACCAGGAAGAUGAGGAUCCCAGUUUGUGCUACGCGGAGAGGGCAUUUCUCAUGCGGAAUAGGCAUCAACAAGCCCCCGAAAAAUCUGCAAUGCUAGGUUAGGCAUUACAUCAGGCAUCCUGGGUCAUGGAAAAUAUGCAUGACAAUGACAAACCCGGCAUCAAGCUUCCAGACAUCCAGGGAUAUUUGCAAUCGAUACUUUCAGUCCUACCACGAGCGACUGCAGCGGAAAAAACAGUUGGAAAAAAUCGAAACGGCGAAACUGCAGAUCUCCAACACCCAGCAGAGAACCGGGAAAAAGAUGAACAGCUUGAUUCAGUCCUCCCGCGAGAUGUUUUCCGUCGACGUGUUGCUGUCCAAAUGCGACGACUGCUGCGACGUGCUGAUUGAUUCCGUCGUCUCUGGGUAUGAAAAGAUCACAAACGUGAUUCAGGGCUGUGUAUGCGUUGCAAAUAUGUCAUCUGGGUCUGGAAGACGAGUGCCAAACUUCUUGCAAUUUGCUGGGCUAUAGCUGGGGCUGACAUUAUGGGACUACACUUGAACAAUCUGUGAUGCAUGUUGCGCAACAGCGCUGCUUCGGCUUCCACAUGAUAGCAUGAGAGGUUUCUUCCGGACAGCGACAUUUUUGCAUUGCAUACUGCGAAAGGCUGUACGACAACAUCCUCGGGCCCUCUGCUAGAACCCCGUACAAGGAGCAAUCCUGUGUCAAGGAGCGAUCGACGACCCAUUUGCUCUCCAUGGUGGAGAAUUGCGACCUGAUUCAGACCUUCAAAAACCGCCCGUUGCAAGCGACGUUACCGGUGUUCAUGGUUUCUACCAUGAUCGGAAUGCUCUACGUGUCCUACGCCUUUGUUUACCUGCCCAAACUGGCGCUGUUGACCCAGGUGAAGCAGACCACCAUGAUUCUCUCCUCCGGCGUGACCAAGACGGUGUACAAGCAGUCCUGGAAUUACUACUUCCAAUCCCGGUUUUUCCACUUCUGUCUCGGAACCGCGUUGUGGGCGUACUACAAGGGGCUGGUCACCGACCCGGGCAGAAUUCCCGAUGACGGGAGCUGGGACGACCUGCCGCAGGGCAUCGAAUUGAUGGAGAAGAAGCGGAAGCACAACGAGUACCGGUUUUGCCAAAAGGAGAUGAAAUACAAACCGGACAGGACGCAUUUCUGCUCGGCCAUGGGACGGAACGUGCUCAGGAUGGACCAUUAUUGCCCAUGGUAUAAAGAAUAUUUUGCUUUUUUGUUUGUAGAGUUUUCCUUUUGUGGUUUUUUUUCAUGCGGACAGUUGCAUGGGUUUGGGAGGGAUGAUUUCUCAUGCUAAGUCGUGAAUAAUUAUCCACACUUUUACGAAAAAAAAAAUCAACGCCAGGCUGUCCAACUGCGUUGGGUACUUCAACCACAAAUACUAAGAAUAAUUAAAGAGUAAUUUUAUUAAUGGUAUAAUUAAAGAAUAAAUCAAUGGUAUAAUUAAAGAAUAUUUUUAUGGGAUGGACUCGACCAUUCACUACUAUCACCAUUCAAAAAACUUGGUUCUAAUAAAGAUUAGGUUUGUUUUGCGGCGCAUUCGAUCCGGAUUCCGCGACCUGAGCUUGAUCCUCCACCGUCACCCUUGUGGAAGCCGUUACUUAUGCAGGUUAAAUAGCUAGCUUUAAAUGAAGAUCCCAAUUUGAGCUAGAUAAUGAGGGUGAAACGCAAUGCAAUUUAUCAGGUAUUAUAAUUGAGAUGCUUAGGAGUGCAGGAGUUCGUCCGCCAAUUGGAUCCGCUUAUCACCGCCACGCACUGCCGUUGGGGCCCCGUGAGGGAUUUGCUGGUAUAGAGGUCGCGGCACCGUCGUGCGUCGGCACUUUCUUGAAGAGGAGUAUCCGACUAUUUUUGGUUUUUGACUCAUUUUUGUCCACCAUAGCAUCGAGAAGUAGCGAAAUCUGAUCAUCACCAUUCAAAUGAGGUAUUUUUAAGGUCCCGGAUGAGGGUAUUUUAUACCUCAUCCGGAACACGGAAACAGUUCGCGGAGAGGUGAAUUUUAUACCUCAUCAAUAGACCUCAUCCAAUGAGGUACCCGGAUACGCAAUCACGAUGGUAUGCUGAAUUUCCACUAAAAAUCUGCCAUACCAUGCGGAUUAAGAAAAGCGCAAUACUUUUCGCGAGCAUUCCCAGAAUUCCUCCCUUUUCCACCAUUUUCCAGGUAUUCUGCCGCCGCUUUGUCCCACAAAUUGCCACGGGGCCCCAGCAGUCCAUGCUACUGUCCUUUAUUUCGAUGUCUUUUAAAGGGAAAACUAGCUAGCUCAAAUUGGGAUCUUCAUUUAAAGCUGGGCAUUUCAUCAUCGAUAAUAAACCAAGCUCACCUCCCGGCGAUGUCGCCGACAACACGACGACCCAGACGUCCAAAACUGCAUGGAUAGCUGCCCUAUUUUGCUUCAGAGCCAAGUUUUUUGAAUGGUGAUAGUAGUGAAUGGCCGAGUCCAUCCCAUAAUUUUGCUUUUUUGUUUGUAGAGUUUUUUUUUGUUUUUCCUCAUGCGGACAGUUGCAUGGGAACGAUGAUUUCUCAUGCUAAGUCGUGAAUCCACACUUUUACGAAAAAAAAAAUCAACUCCAGGCUGUCCAACUGCGUUGGGUACUUCAACCACAGGAUAAAUCACAGGCGAGGCUAUCCAUCGCCUACGCCCGUGUCGUUCUUGACGUGCAAAGCAAAUAUUUGCGACACAGAAAACGAAAAAGAUAAAAGCGCCAAAAAAAAAAAAACUGCGACGCAGAAAAUGACAAAGAUAAAAGCGCAAAAACACAAACUGCCCCCACACACAAAGAAGUCUCUGUGUCGCCAUGCGAAAAUAACAAAGUGCUUAUCUCUGCAAUGCACGCCCAGGAGACGGCUGCUUACUUCGCCUCCGGGAUCGCGAAUGAGUUGCGCACCAAUAUUAGAGAACUUCUUUUCUUCUUUGUCUUGCAAAAUGCAGGGCACCUAAAAGCUCAUCCUUUUGCCAAUAGCGCUUCGCGCACUAAGCCACUAUGCGCGCGCCUGGUGUGAGGCGAGGGGCGGACGCUGUCCGCCCCGAUGGCGAACACCCUUCCCCCACUAGCGCCACUAGGGACGGGCACAAGGCCCCAGCGUGGGGACCCUGUCCCCACGCGUGGGUCUUGUUUGUCAUGCGGAAAGUACCAAAACAGUGAUAGUUGUUCGAAUGACAGCAAGGAUAAAAAUCACCAACUCCAGGCUGUCCAACUGCGUUGGGUACUUCAACCACAAGUACUUUAUUCUCUUCCUCCUCUACACCUCCAUUGCUUCCAACAUGGUCACCUACGGCCUCUUCAAACUGAUGGCGCACUAUGCAUUGCAAAUAUGUCUGGGUCUGGAAAGAACUUGUGAUGCAAGAAAGGGAAAAAUAGUGAACUCACUAUAAUACGCUGCCAAGCAUGACAAGUUUUUUUCAUAGUAUUCUAAGUUGCGUACUCCGCAUGAGAAACUGCGUUUUUGCACGACAGGGAGGAGGAGCUCUUCGCGGCCAUGCAACACAGAGUUCAGGGUCAUGCCAGACUAGCAUGACAAAUCUCGCAAUCUCCCAGACAUCCAGACAUUAUUUGCAUUUGAUACGCACAAGCAGAUCGCGAUGAACGCAGGUUAUCACUUAUCCUGAGUAAAAACGCCCCCACACCAGAGUUGUAAUGCAGAUUUGCAAAGACAGGAAGACUUGUAAUGCGCAUCCCCAUGAGAGCCAUUUCCAAUCGUGUUUUGGAAUUUGUGAUGCUGUGGACAGGAUGAGGAGGUGGAUUUGUUAUGCGGCUUCCCUUGCUAAACUGCACUACAAUACAGCCUGCAACUUGUCAUGCGUGACUCAGAAAGCUCCUAGGUUUGUGUUGCAAAAUCCCCAUCCUGAGUCUGGUGUGGGUACGUUUUUACUCAGGAUAUCACUUGAUGAUCAUCGAUAUGACAGUGCACAACUCCCCCUCGUUCUCAUUUCUCAUGCAAAAUGCCAAAUCCAGUUGCAUCCUUGUAUCACUAUUAUGCAUGACACAUUCCGGAAGGAGCCCAAACAGUACUACACUAGGCGUAUGGUUUUGUCAUGCCCAGGCUCCACGUGUGCUGGUGUUUGUAUUGCUGUUCAUGCAAUACAAAUCAGGGGGAGGGGGAGUUGUGCGCUCUCAUAAUCGAAUCAGAAGGCCUCGGCGUCGUUCUGUCCUGCAUCCUGACCCCGUUUUUCGGCUUUCAUUGUUGGUUGCUAUCGAAUAAUUUAACGACCAUCGAGUUUAUCCACAGUAAAUUUCUUGUACACGUACAAAUGCUGUCUCUGCAUGACAAAGUUUGCCUUCAAUCCUAGUCUAGCAUGACAAGUUGUACACUGCAAGUUAGCAAAAUUUGUCAUGCAUUUUGUACAUGUACGGGGAAUUUACAUUGCAUAGAGUUCUGCGAAAAGAAGCAGCACACCGUGGAAGAUAGCACCACGAAUCAUGCUGGUGGUGACAAUAAUUCCGCCACAACUUUGCAGGACACUGCGCACCAGAACGAAAAGAACAAAGCACUGCUAGCGGAAGAACAAAUGACAUCAUCAAAACAAGAGCCUGCUAAUAGCAAUUCCGCCCUGUCCUCCCUGUCUUCCUCUUUUCUAACGGUCGCGGGCAAUGUUUGUUUUUUGUUACCGUAUUCCGUGAAGCAGCAGCUGGGACUCGUUGGCGGAGUGGGGACGACCGCAACAGGAGCUGCAGGAUCUAGUUCAAGUGCAACCACUAAGCAACAUCAAGCAAAACCUGCGACGUACGAGGCGCGUUCGAUGUACGACAUCAAUUUGUACCACAACUUGAAGACUGUGAUGGGCAACAAUCCCUUCCUCUGGCUGCUGCCCAUCGACGGUGGCCUGGGGGACGGACUACACUUCCCGGUUCGGGAAGACUGCCCCUUGGUCCAGCAAAGGCUGAAGGAAUUGCGUGUGUUGCACGACAUGCACCACGAGGAUUCGCCGGAACUGCAGCGGGAAUACCCGGAGAUUUUGCAGGAUAUCCUAAGUAGAAACGGGGCCCACACCCCAUAGUCAAGAUGGGAACUUUGCAACACAAAUCCAGAAGCUUCGGGAGUUACGCAUGAUAAGUUGUAGGCUGUAGUGUAGUGGAGUUUAGCAAGGGAAGUUGCAUAACAAAGCCAUUUAUCUAUCCUGUUUACAGCAUUACAAGUUCCAAAACACGACUGGAGCAAAUGGCUCUCAUGGGGAUCAUGCGCAUUACACAUGCUCCUGUACUAGUUGCAAACCUGCACGACAACUAUGAUUUCGGGACGUUUUUACUUUGGAUACAGGAAGUUCCGAGUAGAGCAGCAGCAGGAGCAGGAGCUACAACCCUCGCCGGGGUGAAUGUGAACGGAAAAAACAGGAUGAUAGAACAAGAAGAAAGUGUGAGGAACAACUAUGACAACACAUCUUCGCGGAAAGAUCUUCCAGUCUCAACCGGCGGCCGGAGAUCGGCGGUGAAUCUGAACAACAAUCACAACCUAUCCUGAUUAAAAACGUCCCCACACCAGAGUCAAGAUGGCAAAUCUGCUAGACAAAUUAACCAGCCUUGGUUGUUUUGCAUGACAAGUUUGUCCUCGUAGUGUAAUCCUGUCAAGCUAGUUCAGAAGCAUCACAGAUCCAGCGCAGCAUCCUGAUUCUUGCAUCACAAAUUCCAAAACACGAAUAGAGAAUGCUUCUCAUAGGGCUCCGCGUGAGAAACUUUUUUGGCAUGCUGAAUUGCAUGACAACUAUGGGGUGGGGACGUUUUUACACGGGAUACAACCGAAAUAACGGAAGUAGUAAAACAGCCGCCGCUCUGCCUGGUUUCAACGACGAUGGGGAAGUUAUUGUGGUCCGCGAAGAUCCGCAAGUAGAUGCCGGGAUGGAAGACUCGGCUUGUGAGGAUGAUGAAACUGCCAGAACUCCGAAUGGACGCCGUCGAAAUCUGUAUGCGAAAAAGAUGAGAAAUGAGUUGAACAGGCGCACGAUCCCGCCGCUCCGACAAUUUUCCGCACCGGUGGGAGAUAAUACACCUACGACUUCUAGCAGUCCAACACGAAUGAAUCAAGAUGGCACGACGAACAGAAGGAAAAAUCGCGUCAAGAACAUCGACCAGCAGAGCAGCUCCUCCAGCGGCGACGACGAAACCAAUGCAGAGGAAAAAAUCCUGAGUUCAGAAGCCGCCAUAUCCUGAGUAAAAACGGGGCUCACACCCCAUAGUCAAGUUGGGAUAUCUGCAAGACAAAUCAGCCAGCUUUGGUCGUUUUGCAUGAGAAAUUUGCCCGCGUAGUGUAGUGGUGUUUGAGGUAGUUUAGCAGCAUGACAGAUCUAGUAUAUCAUGCUGAUUGGAGCAUGACAAACUUCAAAACACAACUAGAAAAUACUUCUUAUGGGGCUCCGCAUGAGAAACAUUUUCAGCAUGCAGAUUUGCAUGACAACUCUGGGGGUGGGGACGUUUUUACAUAGGAUACCCCACAGUGUCUACUUCGACGAGUCCGAAAGAAAAUAGUAAUCCCUCGCGUCGCAAGACCAUCGCGGCUGCGGAGGAUUGGCAGAAACGCGUGCGGAGGGAAGACCUCCGGACGCCACGUAUCCUCCCUCCCACGAAACAGGAGUUUUUACAGAUGACCGAAGAGGAAAAGCGGCAAUACGAGAAAAGGGCGUUGCUAGGGUUGGUCCGAAGUCCGAAAUGUGGCCGAAAUAGUAUCGACGGGGAGGGAGAAGUAGAACAUCAAGGGGUUUUCUUCAUGGGACGAGAUGAAAAUGAUCAUGGCGAAGAUCACGAGGUGUUGUCCAGCAGAUAUCAAAUGCAAAAAUGUCUUGGUCUGGAACAAAGCAACUUGUCAUGCUAAAUCUGAAUUAUGUAAAAACCUGUGUUGCGUGAGUACCAAAAGCUGUCUACUUUUGACCUAAUCGAGAGGCAGUUUGUCAUGCAGGAUAGGCAUGAUCGAACUCUCACAGAAUCUGUCAUGCUAUGUCCUACAUGCCAGACCUCGUGGGCCAUGGAAAACCUGCAUGACAAGUCUGGCAUUCUUCCAGACCCAGACAUUUUUGCAGUUGAUAGCAGACCGUCUGUUGCAAGUUCAACGACGACGAUGAAGGAAAGGACAGGAGGACCACGUGACAGCAAUUUUUUGCGCAUGACGGAGAUUGCCGAGGAAAAUGAAAAGAGUAACGCGUUUUUCGGAGGUGGUGAAACAGCCGGUCAACAUAACGAGGACGAAAUAAAUACCUUGAGGCAACGGUCUCUUUCAUCGGAACAACACCAUCAUGUCAGAGCGACUCCGAAUCUGCAACUUCCGAGGAAUGAAAAUAAUGCUGAUCACGCGGUGGUGGAUCAUGAUAGCAGUAAACAGCACCCGCAAAGGUCUCCGAUCAUGAACACAACCCCUAAGAACACGACCGGAAAUUUGAACGAAGGUAGUUUUCAUCCCGCAGGCAAAUCCCCGCGGCAAAUCCCGCCACUGACGUUUGAGGAUGUGGAAAAUCUGGAUCCGGAAAACACGACGCAACUGUUCCCCCCGGAAGAGACCCGGCCGGAGGAGCCGCGGCAAAUCUGGACGAAAUCCACGAAACGCGAGACCAUGUGGAGCGAGGUUGUGGACGACGCGAAAUUACAGGUGGAAAAUGGCAGUGAAUACGUCAAGGAGCAGUACUGGCGAAUGCGGCAGAACUUCCAUCGGAAGUGGAACUACAACGGCGGUAGAGCUACAAAUGGUACUAGUUGUAACCAAACUUCUUACGGGGAUAUGAAGAUGAACCAGCAACAAAAUAACUGGUUCGGAACAGCGACACAGUGGGUUGGCGGAUUUUUUGGUGGAAAUAAUAAUUCUACGGGAAGUACUAGAGCUGCGGGUGCGAGGGAGAACAGGAAUGCGAUCAAGAUGCAGGACGUCCGGCAGGAGAUGGUUUGA